AUGAAAUAUUUAGCGGCUUAUCUUCUUGCGCAAAUCGGUGGAAAUAAAUCACCAAACGCGAAGGAUAUCGAAAAAAUUCUCGGCUCAGUUGGCCUUGAUGUCGAUAUGCAAGAUGCCAAUCAAAUUGUUAAUAGCCUUUCCAAUAAAGCAGUUGAUGAAUUGAUAAAAAGUGGUCUUACCAAAAUUUCAUCAGUAACGCUUGGAUGCACUUCUCGUCCCGCUGUUGACACUGUAUCAAAUGCAGCUACUAACGAUAACGCUCAGCCUCCUCCAAAAGAAAGUAAAAAGGAAGAAGUAAAGGAGGAAUCAGAUGAUGAAGAUAUGGGUUUCGGCCUUUUCGAUUAA